AUGGACGCGAUGAAGUGCUGUCCGGCGACGCUCGUCAAGCCGCGCAUCGCGCAUCAACGGCCGCUGACGACGCCAACUGGGCAGCGCAGGCCUGGGCGGGCGGCGACGGUGCUGUGCCGCGCCGAGGAGCGGGACCGCUCGCCGGAGCACCGCCUCAAGACCCCAGACUACGAGAAGGAGCUCGAGAGGAUCCGCCGUAAGGGAAAGUCCAUGAUGCCGGCAGACGAGGGGCUGUGGAUGCUGCUGGCCACGCAGAGCAUCGACGAGGACGGCGACGACCACGGCUUCUUCGCCGUCAACACAGAGGCCGGCGACGUGUCGCUGCGGUCGGACGACGCCUUGUAUGAGGAGCCGACGUCAGAGGCGACGGCGCGGGCCGACGGGACGGACUGGUCCGGCGCGAGCACGCACGCGCACAUCGACGACGGCAACUUCUCCUUCCUCCAGGGCAUCACGUGCACGCCGGACCCGGAGUCGGACGACGAGGCGGACACCCCCCCUGACGGCGGCGCGGCCCCCGCGCCCAAGGAGAAGCUCGCGCCCGCGGAGACGAGCACGUGCUCCAUCUCGUCGGUCGACCUCCAGGACAUGCUGUACAUCCCCGCGGAGGAGCUCCAGUUGAAAGACCUCCUCGGCGAGGGCCGCUACGGGGAGGUGUAUCGGGCGGACUUCGGCGGCGAGGACGUCGCGGUCAAGGUGAUUCUUGAGGAGGAGGACUUCGGGGACUUCUUGAAGGAGUUCAAGGUCCUCGUGGCGCAGGCGGCACGAUGCAGCAGCGUGGUGCGGCUGAUGGGCUACUCGCUGAUCGACGGCAAACCCUCGAUCGUGAUGCAUCUGUACGAGACAACCCUCCUGGAGCACGUGCGCAGCACGCUGAUGGAGACGCGCGCGGCGAUGCCGAUGUACGACUGCCUGUCCGUCGUGGAGGACGUCUGCCAGGCGCUGCUCACGCUGCACCGGCACGGCCUGGUGCACGCGGACGUGAAGCCAGAGAACAUCUUUGUGGAGCGCCGCGACGGCCGCCUGCGCGCGAUCGUGGGCGACUUCGGGCUGUGCUCGUCGCACAACCACCACGAGGAGGUCAGCGGUUCCGCGGACGACGAGCUCGGCACGGACAUCGUUGGCACGCUGCGAUACUGUGCGCCGGAGGCCACCAACGGCAUCGUGACGCCCGGGUCCGACAUGUGGUCGCUCGGGGGCAUUCUCGCGUUCUGCGUGACGGGCAUCCCGCCGUGGUUCUUCAUCGCGCGGCCGAAGCUCAGCACGAGCGAGCGCAGCGAUCGGAUCCUCGCGGCAAUGCGCGCGACGCAGGUUCCCGUGACUGUGCCGAACUGGCUGCCGAAGCCGAUCAUCGAGACGAUCGAGCAGUGCAUGGACUACGACCCCGCGAAGCGGCCGACCGCGCGGCAGGUCAAGACGGUGCUCCGGUCGAUGCUGGAGCGCUACAGCAUGACCGUCACGGAGACACGGGACGAAGACCCGGCGCCCGCGAGCUCGCAGAGCGCGGACGGACCGGGGAAGGAGAAGGAGGAGGAGCAGGAGAAGGAGAAGGCCGAGGAGGAGCAGGGCCAGGAGGAGGGGGAGGGGGCCGAGGAGGAGGGUGAUGGGCGCGGGGAAGUUGUGGCGGCGAACGCGAAUCACAAGGGCGCUGCGCGCAGCUGA